AUGGACUUCGUCAAUAACCUCUUUGGCGGCAAGCCCGCACAGGCACCUGUUGUAGCCGACGACUCUGAUUUCGCCGACUUUGCCGCCGCACCUGCACCGUCCCCCGUCUCGAUCCCUGUUUCUCCAGCCGACGCUGCUGCUGCAUCUCCAACUGAACUGGGUACCCGCGGAGCCUACACGAAAUGGUACCGUGUGUGGGAACGCACCCAGCUGUCUGACUUCUACAUGGAGGGAGUCUUAAUCCCUGUCAUCUUCCUCGCUCUGCUCGUCCAUUUCUGGGGCACGCGCACCAACAAGAGAAAGGCCAAGAAGUGGAUUGCCGUGCAUGCUCCUCUUCUGGAACGUGAGUUCGCACUCGUCGGGUAUAGCCAGGUACCGCAGGUGACAAUCUUUCCUGCCGAGUCCGACAGCGCCUUGAUCGAAUCGAGCGCCAAGGCCAAGGGUGAUUCUGUACCGGAGCAUCUGUACAAGGAGAAGACUGCAUGGGAAUACGAGACAUAUGCCAGUGGACGUCAGAAUGCGGCCUUCUUGGAUGGCAGGCUCAACUUGACCAGGAGAAUGAAUCCUGUGACGAUGAUCGCUGAGCACAUCGCUGGCAUGUUUUUUGAGUCUGUCAAGCCCAAGGGCGAGAGGGCUGAGUUUGUCAUCUACACUUUUGAUGGCAAGGAGAAGGAUUAUGUCCCACCACCAGUCCCAGGUUCUGAGGAGGCAGGCAAGGUCAAGUCGGCUGGCAAUUCCUCGUAUGAUUCGUUUGUGUUCGCGAUCGUCAACAAGUUGACCAUGCGACGUCUCCGAGAUGAGCGUUACGAUCUGUCAUUGACCUUCACCAAGGACCACGCGAAACUUCCAGACUGGGCAACAGUAAUGAGUGAAAGCGCCGAAAUCACCGAGAACUUCUUGACCAAGGAACUGAUUGCUGCUGUCAACGAAGCGGGGGAUCACCUGGAAUAUCUCAUUUUGACGGACCAACCGACAGACAAGCCUACCAGUCUACAAGAGACAGUGCCCAAGAAACGCAUCGAACUGGGUCUCAAACUACCAUCUGACGGAAACUAUCUCCCGACAUUACCCAUCUUCCAGGCAUUCUUGAGAUUGCCAGAUUUCGUGGUUGGCACAGGGAAACUUCGACCGGAGGUGGCGAGAAAGAUCAACGCGACACGGGACACCGAGAAGGGCAAACUUAAGAAGAUCAGCGACAAAGAAGCAGAAGAGGAGAGACUUCGAACUCUGGAGAAGUUGAAGAAGGAGGAGCGAGAUCGCAAGAUGAAGGGUAUGAGUGCUGAAGAACAACGGAAGUUUUUGGACCGUGAGAAUGAGAAGCAGCGGAAGAAGGCGGAGAAGAAGAUGACGAGAAGAGGCUAG